GCUCGUGACAGCCAGGGUGAAGCUACAAGGUCCAUAACAGUCCAGAACAUAAGAGAAACGCAAAUUUGGUUAACUUUAAGUAGAGCUUUAGAUGAUUCCAUUAGACGCUGCAUGGAGUGACUGCUAAAUCUAAAAAAAACCCUAAUCUAUCAUCUAGUGCCUGACAUGGCAGCUCUGUUUAGCUUCAUGUUGCCAACACAAUGAAGAUGACUUCAUUCAUGUGUGGAUUUCACAAUGGAUUUAUUAUCACAGCCUCUCAGGCCAUGUUUGCCGGGCGUGUGACCGGGGCCAGUAGCAGCUAUCCAAACAGUUUAUAGUAGCCUCUGUUUUCUCUCUGCUUGUCACCUGCUUUGAGAAGAUGGAGUGAAAGUAAGGAGUGAUGAAACUCAGUUUGGAGAUUCUGCAAGAUGACAGUGUGUGAAGAUAAGAAGAGGUAGACAUCGUGCUUCAGGGCAGAAAGCGUAAACAGAGACCAAAAAAAAAUUAAGGAGCCCUGGGCACUCGUGCCAGAGGAGACCCAUGGGCAUAGAGGCCCUUUUGUCGUCACUGAGCCGGUCCCACGCGCCCCUGUGCCUCUUCACUGUGCAAUCUGGUGCAUGGCACUGAUUGCUGCUCACAUACAGGCCUGCCACAGUCCAAUGUAUGGGCAGAAAAGCUCAUUCCGAGAGCCAAGCAGCUCAUCGCAGCUCUUUCUGCUUUUCUGUUCACUGUGAGGUGGCUGGUGUUGUGUUUUGGGUAUUUAUGUGGACUAGGCCACAGAUAACAUCGACUGCAGAGUCAUAAAUAUAUCUGUCCUUGUAAUUAUUUCAUUAUUGUUGAUUCUUAUCAUUCUCUCACUCUCUGCCUUGCUUUUGUUCAUGCCAGUAACUCUUUGUCUGUUUGAACACCCCUCUGUUGUUUCUGGAACCACACAGGUAAGGAUACUGUGGACAACCUGCCAUUCUUUAUAGAAAAUAAAACAUACCAAACAAAGGGUUCUUGACCUGAUAUUUGAAGGACUGGGGCAUUAAUUGCUGUAGUGCAAAAGAAGAAUAAUUUCCUGGGGAAAAGUAAUUGAAUUAUUUAUGCGUGGAGAAGGCCAUGGUGAUGGGGAGGAGAGAUCAGUAAUUUAAGUUUACAGGAGUAAGUUUGAGAACAUUUGAGCUGGAGGCACUUAACCCUUACUGGACUAAAUGAACUGUAAGGAUGAGGACACUGGUUGGACCAGGGCUGCUGCUGUUUCUGUGGCAGAGUGUUUGGGCUUUGGACGUUCCUCUUGAAACCAGACAACCUCCAACCAUCACAAAGCAGUCGCUACAGGAGCACAUUGUGGAUCCCAAAGAAACCAUGGUGAUGGAGUGUGAAGCCAAAGGCAACCCUCAUCCUAUUUUCUCGUGGAGGCGUAACGGGAAGUACUUCAACGUGGCCCGUGACUCCCAGGUGUCAAUGCGCAGGCGCUCAGGGACCCUAGACAUCUAUGCCAAACACAAUCCGGAACAGUACGAAGCAGAGUAUCAGUGCAUUGCCUCCAAUCAGUAUGGGUCCGCAUACACACACAAGAUCAGACUACGGCUGUACAGACCUCCUGUGUGGCCACGGGAGAUUCUGGAGCCGGUCGUAAUCAGCGCUGGCCUUCCUUUGGUCCUGCCCUGCGACGCUCCACCAGGCCCCCCUAAACCUGAAACCUACUGGAUGUCCAGCUGUUCGUAUGCAAGACCUUUCAACUGGCCCGUUCAGACAGCGUUUCCCACCAUGCAGGCUGUGCGGCAGGAUCGCAGAGUUUCCAUGGGGGUCAAUGGAGAUUUGUAUUUCUCCAACGUGCUGGUUAAUGACUCCACCACUGAUUACUGCUGUAGCGCUCGAUUUCCUUACAAGAAUAUGAUUCAGCAAAAGAUGCCUGUGGUUGUGAAGGUGCUUACAACUCGAACAAUGACCGAGGCCGCCCCCACCUGGCUGUCUCCCAAAGGCUCAUCCAGCUCCAUUCUUGUGCUGCAAGGGGAAGAGCUGCUUCUCGAGUGCAUAGCUGGAGGGAUGCCGACUCCUCGCAUCACCUGGACUAAGGACGGCGAGGACCUGCCAGUGACAUCACGUAUGAAAGUGAAAAACUUCAACAAAAUGAUUCAAAUUCCAAAAGCGUCUUUUGAAGACACUGGAGAGUAUGUGUGUGCAGCUACCAACAAGAUCGGGUACAUUGAGCACACGAUAACGGUCAGGGUCAGAGCGGCUCCAUUCUGGUUGGAAAGGCCUACAAAUCUGAUCUUGGCUCCUGAGGAAAACGGACAGCUGGUGUGUCGCUCUGAUGGGGCCCCUCGACCGACGAUAAGCUGGUCCAUAAACGGGGAACCAAUUGAGACGUCUACACCGCAGCCUAACAGGCAGGUGUCUGGAGAAACAAUAACCUUUCGCAGCGUGUCCACAGAAAACACGGCUGUCUAUCAGUGCAAUGCCUCCAAUGAGCAUGGGUACCUACUGGCCAAUGCGUUUGUCAAUGUGCUGCAUGCGACGCCUCGCAUUAUUGGGCCCAGGAAUGAGCUCAUAAAGACGAUAGAGGGACAUCGUGCCUUUUUAGACUGUCACUUCUUUGGCUCUCCCGUUCCUGAACUGCGAUGGUCCAAAUACGGACAAGGAACUCUGGAGGGAAACCGUUUCAGGACCCACAGGAACGGGACUCUGGAGAUCAAACGCAUCCAGAUAGAAGACCAGGGCACCUACCUGUGUGUGAUCAGCAACAUAGCAGGGAGAGAUGAGAAUCAAGUCCGAGUAGAGGUCAAAGAGCCCAUCAUAAUUGUGACCAAACCACGGAGUAUGAAAGUCCUGCGUGGAAGUGAUGUGCGCCUGGAGUGUGGCGUAAAAGCAGACAUCACCACACCAAUCAAAACAACAUGGAUGAAAAACAAAAACCAAGCUGCUCUCAGUUGGAGAGUCUCUAUGGAUGAAUCAAACCUGGUCAUUACUAAUGUGAACAGAGGUGAUGAGGGGAAUUACACAUGUGUGAUCCAAAAUGACCUGGAACAGAAGUCUGCAUCUGCACACCUAAUGGUGAUGGACCGACCAAGUCCUCCGACUGACUUGGAACUGUCAGAUCCAUACGAACGCAGUGUGCGACUCAGUUGGGUUCCUGGAGACAGCAACCACAGCCCCAUCACUGAGUAUUUAGUGCAGUACGAUGACGAUGACUGGAUACCAGGAAAGUGGAAAAACCUAUCAACAUACCCAGGAAAUCUCAACUCUGUCAUGCUGCAUCUGCAACCUUUCACCUACUACGAGUUCAGGGUUAUUGCCAACAAUGAAAUCGGAUCGAGUCGUCCCAGUCGGCCAUCUAAGCGCUUCCAGUCCAGCGGCGCACCUCCUGAUGUCAUACCAAAGAAUCUGAAAGGUGUGGGUACAUGGAGAAAUAACAUGGAAAUCAGCUGGGAGCCUCUGACAUGGCGAGAGUGGAACGGACCACACUUGAAGUAUCUGGUUUGGUGGAGAAGGAGGGAUUCCAGAGAGGAGUGGAAAAAUGCAACUACAAAGUGGCUGAAGUAUUACAUUUAUGACGCGGACACGUUCACCCCCUACGAGCUCAAAGUCCAGGCAGUCAAUGACUUUGGGCUUGGACCUGAGUCGCCCGUGGUCAUUGGUUACUCUGGUGAAGACCGUCCGAUAGCGGCCCCCCUGAACUUGAGAGUGUCUGACAUCGAGAGCAGUCAGGUUACGUUACAUUGGGACCCAGUGACACGUGAAUCUAUUAUGGGUCAGCUCAAAGAAUACAAGGUCUACUACUGGAGAGACAGCAGCCAGCUGAGGUGGCACAGGGUCAACAGAGCCAUGAGGUCGAAAGUGUUUCCCAACAGCGAUCCAGAACCCUCAGGCGUCGUCACUGACCUCAUUCCUUAUAGCAACUACGUGAUGUAUAUAGUAGUGACAAACAGCCGGUAUGAAGGACCGCCAAGUAAUCACAUCCACUUCUCCACACCAGAAGGAGUACCAUCUGCUCCAAGAUCCUUCAGGAUCCAACAGCGACAUCUGGACAGUAUUUAUGUUGACUGGGACCUACCAGAAGAGCCUAAUGGUGUUAUCACUGGUUACAGCCUGAAAUACCAGACAGUGAAUGCAAGCAGAGGAGAAGAGCUGAAAGUGGAGGAGUUCCCACCGAACGUGACAAGCUUCUCUAUUCGGCGAUUCGACCGCUACACUCGCUACAGAUUCUCUGUGGCUGCACACACUCGGGUCGGGCUGGGAGAAUGGCAUACGGAGGAGUCUCCCCACUACACCACAGAGAUAUAUGCUCAGGACCAGGUGGACAUUUCCACUCAGGGGUGGUUUAUUGGCAUCAUGUGUGCUGUGGCUCUCAUCGUGCUCAUCCUCCUCAUAGUGUGUUUCAUCAAGAGGAGCCGAGGAGGAAAAUAUCCAGUGCGCGACAAAAAGGACAUUUCAUUGGAACUGAUGGAUGAUAAAGAUCAGGAGGGAACAUUUGAUUACAGGUCCCUUGAAAGGAUAGCACGUGUCUCAACUUUGCCCUAUCCUCGGCGGGAGGAGGAAAGAGGGCUCCAGAGAGCUCAGCCGUCCGUGGAGGCGAUACUGAAGAGAUCAGACAGCGACGACAGCCUGGUUGAAUACGGAGAAGGAGGAGAAAUCCAGUUCAAUGAGGACGGGUCGUUCAUCGGCCAGUACACGGGAACAAGGAGAGACGUCAGGGACUUGGACUUUGGUGGGAAUCUAGAGCUCCACUCUCCGAUGAAUACCAUCUACUCUCUAGCAUGAGACUAAAACCUCAAGGACCAAUUCUUGCUACGGCUGUUUUCCCUGGGACUUCGCUCUGUUCGUACCUUCUCGGAAGCAGGCAGAGGAAGUGGGGAUUUGAGUCCAUUUGACGAGGAAACAGCUGGAAAUAGAGCUGCUAUUAAACCUUUGUUAUUUCACAAGCCUCAACUUUCAUUUGUAUGGAGGGGGGAAACAUGCAGAGGUCGGGAUCCUCUUGACAUAUGUGUGUUUUUAGACAUUAUCUGGUAAAACUGAAGAUUUUCCUUUCAUGUUGUGUGUAUAUAUAGAACAUAUCUUUGCAAAAACUGAAGUGUUGUGAGAGACUGAGAAGGAGCUUUUUAUCGUGUCUGUGAAAAAGGACCAACUUACCCUCUGUAACUGCAUCUUUUUCUGUUUGUUAACUCCAACCGCAAAGUUUAUGUUAAUUAUGAGUGCAACACAUUCUUCCUCAACUUUGGUUCCAAUUUUUUUUAGCUUUUUAGAUUUAUAAAUUAAAACAAAAAGGCUGACCUUAUGCUUUCCUCGUUGAGGGAAAAAUUUCUGUAGAACAAUUUCAAAUAGCUUCUGAAGCUAAUUUGAUGCAUUCUGUGGCGUAACAGUGUUUCUCUGACAUCUAACAUCAGCUGUGUACGAAGCAAAAAAAUGAAUAAAAAAGUGUUUAUAAAUAUG